GGCGCCAGGGUAAACGUAUGCCGUCCCAAACUUCCAGCAGUCAAACGACAAAGCAAGGGGUUGAAGUUGGGGCCACUGUGGUCCUAUACACACACUGCUCCACUGAAGCACCACAGAAGAAGCAGUAAAGCUGCUGAAGCUGGAACGAUGGCGGCCGCCUUGAGAGGAAGCUUAGCAACAUUGGUCAAGGGUCUUGGAGGCCCCAGGUGGCAGCAGCUGGCCUCCCGACAACUAAAUGUGUCGGCUUGUCUCUGUAGUUCAGAGACCCCACCAGCUCGUGCUGAUGGUACUUUCAAGGUCACAAUGGUUCCUGGAGAUGGAGUGGGACCUGAGCUGAUGACUGCUGUCAAGGACGUCUUUAAGGCAGGUGAUAUUCCUGUUGAAUUUGAGGAGUUCCAUCUGAGUGAAGUGCAGCACAUGGCCAGUGAGGAGAAACUGGAUCAAGUGUUGACAUCAAUGAGAAACAACAGAGUGGCUCUAAAGGGGAAAAUUUACGCACCCAUGGAGUUUAAAGGAGAACUGGCCUCAUAUGAGAUGAAACUAAGGCGUAAACUGGACCUGUUUGCUAAUGUGGUUCAUGUAAACAGCUUGCCUGGCUACAGCACACGACACAACAAUCUGGACCUGGUUCUUAUCCGCGAGCAGACUGAAGGAGAAUACAGCGCCCUGGAGCAUGAGAGUGUGACAGGUGUGAUCGAGUGUUUGAAGAUCAUCACUAGAGAGAAAUCCCGACGCAUCGCCAAGUUCGCCUUUGACUAUGCCACCAAGAAAGGCAGAAACAAGGUGACAGCUGUCCACAAAGCCAACAUCAUGAAAUUAGGUGAUGGCCUGUUUCUGCAGAGUUGUGCGGAGGUAGCAGAGCUCUACCCCAAAAUCAAAUAUGAAAACAUAAUCAUCGAUAACUGUUGCAUGCAGCUGGUUCAAAACCCAUACCAGUUUGAUGUGCUGGUGAUGCCCAACCUGUAUGGAAACAUUAUUGAUAACCUGGCAGCAGGGCUGGUUGGAGGAGCAGGAGUUGUUCCAGGGGAAAGUUACAGUGCAGAAUAUGCUGUUUUUGAGACUGGUGCACGCCACCCCUUUGCACAAGCUGUUGGACGGAACAUUGCCAACCCCACAGCCAUGCUGCUCAGUGCUUCUAACAUGCUAAGACACCUGAACUUGGAGUAUCACUCCCAGAUGGUGUCAGAUGCUGUCAAAAGGGUCAUCAAGCAGGGGAAGGUACGGACACGAGACCUUGGCGGGUACUCUACCACUGGCGACUUUGUGCAAGCUGUUGUGGAAAACCUGCGUCACCGACCCAUUCACUGAGAUGUUUGGUCCCACUCCUCACUGACAUUUCCUUUAAUGUGGACAUUGAUCUUAACAUGAAACGAGUGCAUGUUAAGGCUCAGCUCCCCCUCUGCUGUGCUAAAUGGCAGCUGUGUCUCUCAGCGUUGACAUCAGUGGAAGCAGCAGUGAUUUCUGUUUUUUUUUUUUCAGCCUAUGACUAUUUGUGUCAAACAGAUCGGUCUCUUCCACAGUUGUCCAUACCUUUUCCAUUUUAUGCUUUUUCAGUUUUUAUUUGGCUGUUUGAGAUUAUCAUUUCACCGAUUUCAGCAGAAUAUUUUUUAAUCCACCUCUUUACUGUCACACAUUACUGGAAACUGUCUAUAAAGCUGCCAGACUGUCUUAUCAGUUUGUACGAAUCUUCUUUUGCCUCAUAAAUACUGAAUGUAAGCAGAACAAAAUACAAAGUAAAACUGACCAUUAAUGCUGUAACAUUUCUUACAUGCCAUGUCUUACUUAAAGUGAGUUAUAUUAAAUCUCUCACAUUGGAGCAUCUUAAAUCCAAUUUGAGGUUGAAAUCGGUCCUUUGGGUUCCUAUAAUGUUGUAUCCAUGUUUCCUGGAUUGACUGUAAAACAACUUUCUGGUGUUGUACCACAAUAAAUUUCAUACUUUAAAGAU